UGCGUGCCGCACUUUAGUCCCGGAUACGAUGAUAGUGGCUCUGCGAGUACGUGUAGUAGCCGGUUGUACCUUGAUCGGUUUCGUUAUCAUUGUGUGCUUUGCCAUUGUCCUGGUCGAUGUGAAUCGAUUUUUUGGCAAAUCGAAGAACUCAUGCGGACGCUUCAACGACUCCCUCGGCGGAUUGAACGAAAACGGAACAUACGUGUGUCACAUCGAACUCAACAACAAUUCGAGACCAUUGGCCAUCGACCCUGGUCUCAUAUUUGGCAACACUGGAAGAAGCGAACUGGCGUGGGUGUAUUUCAGUCUUGUGGCGACUCUGACAAGCUUCCUCAGUGUCGGAUGCUUGUUGUAUCGCAUCUGGGAACGACGAGCGGGCAGCGGUAGAAUCAGUGAAGGCCAUCUGAAUCGGCACAGCGAAAACCACCGUCGUAUCUGUUGGGUGGUGUAUUCCUGUACCGGUUUAGCUGUGCUGUACGAAGGUGUCGUGUUUAUGAAGGUCGUACACUGUAGUCGGAGUCGUGCGGAAGGCAGUCACACGGUUCUGAGCAUGCUGUCUCAUCUGUUUCAAGGAGUGUAUCUUGUCUAUGAGGUAAAUCAUCGAAGUGUGAACAGAGUUAAGUCUGGUAUCUUCUUCAAAUGUAUACUCGUCUCUCAAGCCAUAAUGAACUUCGCCUUGUGGGCUGAUGCUCUUUUUGAUGCUGCUUGUCGUGUGGAGCCCGACAAUGCCAUUUUAUUUGGUGAUGAUUUUUGGAUUAUUUGCAAGCCCAUUUUUAAGGCAGCCUUAGUUGCUUUACGUAUUUUGUCGGCACUGCUCUUCCUCAUGCUGGCUAUGCAUUCUGACGAUUAUGACCGUGACACACAAGAAGCAAGCAGCAAAAAAGAGAGUAGUGAUAAGGAAUCAAAUGAACUGACAAAGGAGCAAACUACUUUAGCAGAGAAAACUAUUCGAAAGUAUGAGAGCCAAACUGAAGGUCUAGCCAGAGCCAUAGACCAAGUUGGAGCUGUAAUCAAAAUUCUUAUGUGUGAUUUAAACACUUCAAAAGAUGAGUUAUCACUGAAGGAAACUGUCCAAAAUAACAAAGGAAUGCUCAAUAAGUCACAUAGUGAAUUUUCUGUUGCCUCGAGGAUUAAGAGGACUUUGUCACCGACAUUGAAAUUUAUGUUAAAACGUACAAAUCUAAACUAUGGUGUUUCGAUUAGACUUUCGAGAAUGUCUGGAGAUAAGUUCUUCUUUACUGCUGAAGCCAUUAGUAGUAAGCAGGUAGGAACAGAAGGAUUUAUACGGGCAUUUUCUUUCUUUGGGCUGCUCUUCAUCUUGAUUCCACCUGUUGUUUUGGGCUACUCUCUGAAAUUGCUAAAAGAUGAUGACGUAGCAAAGUAUGCACCAGAACUUGUCAUUCACAUAAUUGUCAUUUCUUGUUGCUGUUUCCUGCUUAUUCCAAGCAGUCCUUGUUGCCAUUGGAGCAUCAAAACUCGAAUGACUUUGCUCGAAAGAGUGAAAGAUCUUGUCUUUAAUCCAGAGUUAACAGCUGUCACCAUUUUUUGCAUCUUUGGAGGAGUGAUCUACCAUUUUUUGUUGUUUGUCUUACUUUCGAAGGAGAAUCGGUUUUUUGUCACUGGCUGGCCUCAAGUUGAUGUUUUUAGUGCAGUCGUGUCAGCUGUGCUGAAACUUGUUGUUAUUUGGAUAUUUAGAAUGCAUAAAGGAGCCACUUUUAGAAAGAGAAACGACUCUCUUACAGAAGUUGUUCUUGGACUUCUUGUAGUCUGUUCAAUAAGUCUUUUAAUAAUGGACAUACAGAGAGAAGAGUUUGACAAGAAUGAGCACAUACUCAUUCACCAUGGCUAUCUGUGGGUUGAACCGUUGAUUGGAGUAUUAGCUCCACUGUCUAUUGACUUCGAUUUGCAUGCAGCUUUGCUGCUGUACUGCGUCUUUUAUGAUUAUGUUGGUUUUGCUGGAGAAUGUGGCACACUUCCUGACAGCGACAAUGGCAUCAUUACAAAUGUUGGAGACUGGAACGAGAGUAUGUCAGCGGGUGAUUUCAACAGUUUGUUUGUUGAAGAAAGCUUAUCACCAUUUUCAGAAACUAGUGUAUAGCCAAUACCUGAUCAGUAGUUUUGUAGUUUAUUGAAUCAGUACAGCCAUAGACCCUAUUAUCGUGGUAUCGAAUUAUUACAAUUUGUAGUUGGAAAAAUAUACAGGUGUACAAUAGAUUGGUUAGAAAAAUU